AUGGGGCAGGACCAGACCAAGCAGCAGAUCGAGAAGGGGCUGCAGCUGUACCAGUCCAACCAGACGGAGAAGGCGCUGCAGGUGUGGACGAAGCUGCUGGAGAAAAGCUCGGACCUGGUGGGGCGCUUCCGCGUGCUGGGCUGCCUGGUCACGGCCCAUGCGGAGAUGGGCCGCUACAAGGAGAUGCUGAAGUUUGCCGUGGUGCAGAUCGACACAGCGCGGGAGCUGGAGGACGCAGACUUCCUGCUGGAGAGCUACCUGAACCUGGCGCGCAGCAACGAGAAGCUGUGCGAGUUCCACAAGACCAUCUCCUACUGCAAGACCUGCCUCGGCCUGCCGGGCACCAGGGCGGGCGCCCAGCUCGGGGGCCAGGUCAGCCUGAGCAUGGGCAACGCCUUCCUGGGCCUCAGCCUCUUCCAGAAGGCCCUGGAGAGCUUCGAGAAGGCCCUGCGCUACGCCCACAACAACGACGACACCAUGCUGGAGUGCCGCGUCUGCUGCAGCCUGGGCAGCUUCUACGCCCAGGUCAAGGACUACGAGAAAGCUCUGUUCUUCCCCUGCAAGGCUGCCGAGCUCGUCAACGACUACGGCAAAGGCUGGAGCCUCAAGUACCGGGCCAUGAGCCAGUACCACAUGGCCGUGGCCUACCGCCUGCUGGGCCACCUGGGCAGCGCCAUGGAGUGCUGUGAGGAGUCGAUGAAGAUCGCCCUGCAGCACGGGGACCGGCCGCUGCAGGCCCUCUGCCUGCUCUGCUUCGCGGACAUCCACCGGAGCCGCGGGGACCUGGAGACAGCCUUCCCCAGGUACGACUCUGCCAUGAGCAUCAUGACCGAGAUCGGCAACCGCCUGGGGCAGGUGCAGGUGCUGCUGGGUGUGGCCAAAUGCUGGGUGGCCCGGAAGGCACCGGACAAGGCUCUGGAUGCCAUCGAGAGAGCCCAGGACUUGGCCGAGGAGGUGGGCAACAAGCUGAGCCAGCUGAAGCUGCACUGUCUGAGCGAGGGCAUCUACCGCGGCAAGGGGCUGCAGCGGGAGCUGCGCGCCCACGUCGUGCGCUUCCACGAGUGCGUGGAGGAGACCGAGCUCUACUGUGGCCUGUGCGGGGAGUCCAUCGGCGAGAGGAACAGCCGGCUGCAGGCCCUGCCCUGCUCCCACAUCUUCCACCUCCGGUGCCUGCAGAACAACGGGACCCGGAGCUGCCCCAACUGUCGCCGUUCCUCCAUGAAGCCUGGCUUUGUGUGA